UUUGUUAUGAUUGAUUAAGUCGGAAGAUAUGUAAAAUUUUGCUAAAUUUAAUAAUUUAUAAUUUUUAUAAAAAUUAUGGAGUCUUUUGUAAUAAUCAGAAACUAUUCAGAACAAGAUGAACUUAAAUGUCAAGAACUAGUACGCGACUAUGUAAUGCAUUUUGCAAAAAAGUCUUUUUAUGCAUUCUGUUUUCGUGAGAUUACUUUGCAAUUUAUUGUAAUUACCUGGGCAAUAUUAUUUAUAUUUUUGGGAGUCCCAUUAACUUUUUGUUCACUCACAGUUCCCGGUUGCAUUUUCUUUAUAUUUAUUGCUACUUAUUGCUCCUGUUAUGCUAAAGCAGUGGAACUUAUGCAAACUAAACCUAACCAAUGUUUAGUAGCUGAAGCUUAUGAGCCAUUCAUUUCACGUGGCAAAAUUUCUAAUUAUCGAAUUUAUAUUAAUGAAGCACCAUUUGAGCAAUCGUAUAAAAACAAAUUUCGUAGGAAGAUUAUUGGAACAGUCAGUUUAAAAAACCACUCGGCUUUAUACAAUGCUGGAUGGAUUUAUAGAUUUGCUAUUGACCCAAAUUAUUCAUUUCAUAAAAUUGCUGAACCAAUGCUUAAUUUAAUAACAAAAAAUUGUCAUGAAAAUGGCUACAGUAGUCUAGAAGUUGCUAUAAGCGAAUUCCAAGAAGAUGAAAGGGAUUUUUAUGAUUGCAUGGGGUUUGAAACUCGUCAAAUAUAUCAUAAGCAAAUAAUUGGAAAUAAUUUAACAUUGAUGAAAUCUCAACUUUCUUUCGAUUUACACCGGGAAGUAGCUACAUAUUCAAAACAAAGUUGAAUAAUAGUUCCAUUAAAUUAGAAAAGUGUAAUCUUAAAACUCAUAUCAUUCUAAACAACAAAAAAUAUGAUAUUCAAUUUCUAAGGCAAAAUUUAUAUAUCAAUAACUUUUAUAUUAGCAUUUUAGUAAUUCAAUAUCAUUAAUUAAUUUCCAUUCCUAAUACUUAUUAAAUUUGUUUUUCAAAUUAUUAUCUACACAGACUAUAAACGCACUCC